AUGUAUAUUUCCAAAAUUAUUCGUGCCCUGUUAUUACAGAUACCUCCUGUCUACUUGAACAAAGAUUGGAGCAAGAACACUUCACUUGUCAUUGGUGAUGAAGCCACUGACUUCGUACUAACAGAGUUAGAACAUUUUCACGUAUUCAAUUCAUCUUCUAGCCUGGGCUCUUUCGAUCAGUGGCAACAGCUUAACCCUCAAGUUUAUUCGACACCGCUUGCUCUCACGGUUCCCUUGUCUGAAGCUAUAUCUGCUUCCAACCAACCCUGGCAAUCAGACCAUGACCAGAUCAUACUCGCAGUCACUUUUGGUCUUGGUCACGCUAAGCCACUGGAAUACGAUAACAGGUCCCCACAGAGCGUCGAUAAUCAGCCACUAGUUUCUGGUUUGGUAUCGGUUGGACGGAAAACAUUGUUGUCUGGCGACAUUAGCACUCAAGCUGGACUCAAGCUCCAAAUUCUGGAGAUAACCUGGGUAUGUGUAAGUUUCACAUAA